UGCCAUGCUGCCAAUGCGUAGCGGGUUUCAUUUGACGGUGAAAAUUCCUUGACUUCGGAAGCCGCAAAGCCAAUCCUCAUGAGCGACGUUCGAAGGAGCUAGAGCUCAAGCCAGCGGAUCGGUCUGUCAUGCAGAGGAUCGUUACAGUGCUAGACCAGCUACCGUAGCGAUGAGCCAACUUCUACCUGGCCUGGCCAUACAACAAUUAUUUGCCCAAUAGAAAUACUAGUGUCAGAGGGCAGGUUCUGCUGCAGCUAUGUCCAAUAGGAGAAGUCCGGCCCUGGUGGCCCUCACCCUGCUGCUCGCGUUCAAAGUCAUGCCCUGCCUUGGUGUCGUACCAGUCCUUCCGCCGACUUUCAAGCCGCUGCCCUUCUGCGAGUUUCGCACGGAGCAAAACGAGGGGGUUCUCUCGCUGCUCCACUAUCACACAAUGACAAACUGCACGUGGACGGUGGCUGCAUCACCGCAUCACAUCAUCAGACUGAACCUGCGCUAUGCACUGCGCUUGACCAACAUGGAUUCGAUCACCCUGUAUGACGGUCCGCUCAUUUCCUCCAAGAAGCUCUACACGUUCCACCAGUUGUCGCCGGACACGGACUCGUUCCAGCACGAGAUCAUCGCCACCACCGGGCCAUACCUGACUCUACAGCUAGCUGCAAUGGGACCCAGAAACUCCGGCACUGGACGUGGCUUUGUAGGAAUGUACACAGCUGUUCCGAGAUGCCUUGCUGGAGAAGAACUCACCACGCCGGGCUCGAUCACCUCACCUCUCAGACUCACGCCGGACUUCCGCCUGAUCUACAUCAAAAACGCUGAAUGUACCUGGCGAAUACGUGCACCUGAGGGCAUGCGCGUGCGUGUGAAUGUCGAGACCAUUGACCUGGAAGAGUCACCGCAGUGUCAAAAUGAUUACCUUGUGUUUACAAAUUACCGGCCAUCCCCGGGUCUUCCACCCAGUUUCUACAGCUUUACAGAAUCCCUACCGGAGGCCUCCCUGGCCGAUGUUCCGACGAUGAGCCGGUUUUGUGGCAACUCCCUCGUCAAUGCAUCCAUUACCUCGUCUGGAAACACUCUGGGAAUCGUGUUUCACUCCGACUACCUGGUUGAGAAGUCUGGAUUCACAUUGACUUAUGACUUUGUACCCGGUUGUGGAGUGGGCAUGUUUGAAUGCCACAACAAUGGCCAGUGCCUGUCACCGCACAAGCAUUGCGACGGCAAGGUAGACUGCAGUGAUGGCAGCGACGAGGAGUCAUGCGUGUGUGAUACUGGCAUACAGUUCACUUGCACAAGUAACAUAUCGGAAUGCGUGCCAAGGAGCAUGGUCUGUCUGAACACGACCGCUCUGUGCUCCGAUGGAUCCGAUGCCGUUUCCUGUGUGUGCAUCGGUAGGGAUCUGCCAUUGUUCAACCUAAACCAGACCGUGGUCGCCAUUGCGCCGCCGUCCUGGAUUAAGACCUGUCUCAGCGACAUCCCACUCGGCAAGGGAGAGCAGAUCUUCACACUGGAGAUCAUGAAAAACAGCCUGGUCAACAUGUACUCGUACAAAGAUUUGGUCGUGGACAGCUCGAAAGCUGCCAACCCAGACAGCCAGCUAUCAAGGCGGUUCUCAUUUGACCAGUACAACAUCAGCGUGGACAUGGAUGCACGCCUCACGGCCAUGGAGCUGAAGCCGUACAAAGAUAUGUUCAGCUUUCACAGCGAUCUGAUGCUGCUGUUCAACGAGCUGAAGGACGCGCACACCACAUACAGUGCACCGUUUACCCCACUGAGGAUCUACUUGCCAGUCUGGUUCAAUACGAAGCUGCUGCUGGACAGCGGGAAGCAGAUUGUCGUUGUGAGUGAAGUGGACGGACGCCUUGCUCAUCUGCACAAUACAAUCUACGGCGCUCCGACACCAGGUCUCUUCAGCCUUGAAGGCAAGGAGAUCAUGAUGAUUGACGAGAGGCCGGCCAUGCAAGUGCUACGAGAAUGGGCCCAAAGCUGGCCGGAUUUCAAGAGCAGCUCGGUGCGGCUCAACUCCUUCAUGGCCACUCGCAGCCUGGACAUGUCCCGUCAUCCACUUCCAGCCAGUGACACGAUCACGCUGACCAUGUCGGAUGGGACGUCGGUUGUUAUCCACUACCUGGUCACGUAUCCCAUGACGGAUCCGGCCGCCAGGGACCCACUGUACCGCGUCCCUAACUUGCGACAGCAGUUUGACCAUCGCAUUGAUUACACAGGCUACUACCCGGUCUAUGAGCACAUCUUGACAGGAGAGGGUGAGCCGUCCGGGCAAACUGAACGCAGGCGGCGGCGCUCCGUAUCGGACAUAGUCCAAGAUGUCAUGCACAGGCUCAGGGACCGAGCUACGGCACGUCACUCACGUGCGAUACCGUCGGGUGGCCAGACACCCAAGAAUGAUGACCCGUAUAUGGGCACGGCGAGAGCUGAUCAUGAAGGAACGCACAAUGACCUGUUUUCGAGCACUUCUGGCAACAUUCACGUCUUCCAGGUAGAUGACACAGUUGUGUUCAAGAUGGAAAGCUUCUCCGAUCCCGAAGCAUUGCAGAAGCUCUAUGACGCUGCUGAUCAUGCUAAACGACAUCGUCUCAGCAAGCUGGUCUUUGACCUGACGGGAAAUCCCGGCGGAUACGUGAAGCAGCAAUAUGAAAUCAUCCGUUUUCUAGUCCCAAGCUGGUACACCCUCAACUACCUGUGUGACCCGUUUGACUUCAAGAGCGCCACGUUCUGGGACCUACUCUCCCAGGCGCUAAACACCCUCCCGAACAGUGUACCGGCGGAGGUGUCGUACAGCGAAGGCCUAUUCCUGGCACAGCGCAUUGCAAACCUGAGCAGCUAUGCUGGCUACAUCUAUCAAACACCCCUAGUUAACCUCGAAGAGCUCUUCGGCAGUCCCUAUCUAUUGGCAUCAGCAAGCGGUGAAUCAAGAUCCAGAUUCUUGAAGUCAGUACUGGAUAGCCUUCUCUCUCCGGAUUCUACCUUUCACAAAGCCCAUCCUGACAUUCUGCUCAGCGAUGUCAAGAACACAAAGCCGUUUGGAGAAUCGUUCGUUCCCAAGCGGGCCUACUACGACCAGCCAGUACGGCAAACCCGAGCAGGAAUCACCAGCGAGUAUACGCAGAAAUUCUACCUGACGGAGUGUGAGAGGGUCACGCAGGGCAGCAAUCCACCAACUUCGCCAUUCCACAACAUCUCCAUCAUCACGGACGGCCGCUGUGCCAGUGCUUGCAGCCAGUUUGUUACCAAGCUGCAGCUGGGCAAGCAGGCAAGUGUCAUCACCAUCGGAGGUUUUGCCAACGAGCCAAUCGACUCGUCAUCCGCAGCAGGAGGCAAAGUACAGAACUGGGCCGAUUUCUGGGCCCAGUACUCAAUAGACUAUCAAAUCGCCUCACUGACGUCCAAGCAGCACACUAUUGGAGAGACGUACUUUUUCAACUUCUCGUUCCCGCUGCCGCUCACAUCCCGGGCAAUACCUACGUUUAACUUCUUUGAGUACUAUUCGGCGAAGCUUGGUAAGUACGCUCUUCCGCGUGAAUGGUACUUGAUACCGCCGGACGUACAUCUGCCUAGCUGGCCCGGUGAUAUGCAUCGCUACCCGAGCUCUCGCCAGUCAAAUCCCGACGUCGAAUGGCUGGGUGACCUGUACCAUCGGUCUACAGCUGACAGUCUUGCACGGCUCUAUCGGCGUACGCUGGCCACCAUCAACGGGAACUACCCGGCCAGCAACGUGCUAACGCCGCCGCCGGAAAACCGCCCCUGCAGCUUCGUCGGCCCGUGCCAGAACUCAUCCGCCAACGUGUCGGUACGCACCGUAGUGGAGUUCAUCCAGGUUAACCGCAUCUCUGUGGAGCUGAACGUGUACAACUCGCACACGUGCGACGACAUGCGACUCGUAUUGCAUGUCACGGCGUUGUGCAAUGCAACAGACCACGGACCCAGUGAGGACGGUGGGCCGAUGUUUGCACGUCACACGCUAGUCGUGCCAACGCUGUACUUUGUGACGCCCUGGUCGGAUGAAUGGACCGACGUUCUGAACAAGGUGUGCCCAUGCGUUCAUUGGACAACGUUGGCCACGCAAACCUUGAGCGAGGCCACCUGCCCGAGAUCACGAUGCGAGGUCAGCUUCAUUCGCUAUGAGCCGCUCCAGGGCUACUGGCUAGUGCAGGGCUUGCGUAAUCUAUACCUGUCAAAUGUUGUCCCGAUGUCAUCGUCACGAACUGUGCCGAAGCUCCAACCAGAAUUCUUCUACACCAUUAAUGCCGAUCCUCGCAACUGUCCAGCAGUUGUUCUGUUCAAGGCGUAUUUCCCAUCGCUGUUUGUGGACUUCACGACAUUGCCUGCACCGGUUCCAUCCAACCACGUUGCUGAGAUUUCUUCAUACUUGGCAACACAAUAUGAGAAGGCAGCAUCAUUGCAUUGUAUAUUCGUCUUCAACCAGCCGGCUGGGAUAUUUGAUGAUGGUAGUGGUGCAGCGCUCUAUCGCUCCGACAUUGAGUGUGUGUGGGUCAUUGCUGUUCAGGAAGGAUUCAAUGUGAAGUUAUCCAUUACCUAUGCUCUUCAAGGCAACGCAUCCACAGCGCACAUCAACCUGUACAGCGGCUACACUGGCUCAGCCCCUCUCGUCAGACAGCUGUCCGGGUCUGGGCUAGCCUUCACUGAACUAACCAUACCUUCGUCGAGUGUACUGGUUAAGUUCACCACUUCACCGCAGUCCACUGGAUCCACUGGAUUCUCACUCCAGUAUAGUGCUGUGAAGCACUGCGGCGGCUCUCUCACCGGGUACAACGGCACCAUUGCCUCGCCCACGGUCAACGACACCGGACUGUACAGUAACAACGUGGCAUGCACCUGGACCAUCACCGUUCCCAACGGCUAUCGCGUCCAGGUGCAGUUCUCCAUCUUCGAUCUGGACGUGUCGCUUUCCGACUGUGUCCACGACGUUGUCCACCUAACCGACAUGGCAUAUCCGGAUAACAAUAGAGAGCACUGCGGCCCGUUUCUCCCGCCCGUAUGGUCGUCAGUGGGUUCUACAGCACAGAUUAGGUUUACUAGUGACUACACUAACCAACAUCGUGGAUUUGUAGCCACCUGGACAGCUCUACCUAAUCCCGGUAACAGCUACCGCGUUAGUCCACAGCGCUGUGAGGUGCUGACCGACCAGAGUGGCACAGUGUCGAUGAAAUGGAGCAACGAGUUCCCGCUGCAGGUUUACGACUGCAACCACACCAUACGCGCACCAGUGGGCAGCCGCGUUCGCAUCUACUUCACGUCCUUCCUGCUAAACUGCCAUGCCAGCACGCCACCGCUGGGAUGUUCGGACAUCAGCCGAAUAAACCUGACCAUUCUGAACGGAAACGAGCCAAAUCCCAGCACUGUGCUGACUGGGGAUAUUCAGCCGCUGCCGUUCAUUUCAACGGAAUCCACCGUGGUGGUGCGGUUCAGAGCCGUUCGAGAUACCUUCCAGCUCUACAAGUACCAAGGCACUCACUACAGUUUCCAAUACACAGUGUGCGAGGCAUGCAGCCCUGGUCAGACAGAUCUGGCGCCCUGCUCUGGAAUCUUCCCUACAUUGUGUAGUUCUGGCUUCAGCAAUCCAGCCACAACAGCUAGUCCUAACGUUGACCCUACACAAAAGAGCCACUCCAGCUUGUCCCAUGGUGCCAUAGCUGGCAUCACGGGCGGUGUGAUUGGUGUAGUGUUCUUUGCCUCGCUGAUCGCCGUGCUGAUGCCCCGGCGGCGCUUGCGCGGUCGCUCCGAUUCCAACCUGUCCGCGUCGCUUUCCUCAUCCAAGCAUCACAUGUUUCGGACCAGCAGCAUACCGCGCGCCAGAGAGCCCCUACUGUCCAAUAUUGCUGAAGCCGGUGGCGAUGCAGCCUCGGAGAAAACUUAGCUCUUGUUUCUGCUCAUGUGCCAUGUAGUCAAGCGGUGGUGAAAUCAUGCUACCCUGCUCAUGCAAGUAAGCCUUGGUGAAAACUCUUUGCACAUCAAAGUGUGUGUACUGACUUACACGUCCACAUCCAUGUUCUGUUACACUCGUCCAACCAUUGCUAAUCACACCAUAGUUAUAAACAUUGUGCACACUGAACUUGGUAUGUUUUUGAGAAACUAAAUGCAAUUCAUGUAGCUUUUAAUGUGUGACUUAGACCUUAUAAUAUUCCUUUGGCUACGUGGGAAAUGUCACCAUGGUGCACUCAAUGAGCUGUACAGCUUGUUAUGGGUGCUGCGAUGAUCGCCUCCUCGCCAUUUUACGCACUGAUGUAUAGCGACUAAUGUAAUCUUUAUUGAGCUGGAUUAUUAUCGUGUAUUCUUCAAGCGCAUCCGGACCUGCAAGCUCUUCACGGCGCGGUCGAUCGGUAUUUCAAUCAGCAUACUUCAGCUAUCUAGGCAAUAUCCGUGCAAUUAUGUUCAUAUUGCUCGCUAAAAUAGUGAUUUGUUUUUAAGUGCUGGACAGCUUUAACAUAAUGCUUACUAUAGUUCUUAUUCAUUGCUACUAGUUUGUACCAGAUUCAGUACAUAGUACUCCGGUAUUGUUAGGAUUCGUUUCUAUACGGUAUAUUUUGCAUGUAUCAGUUUCAAUUUAGCAGUUGCUUCAGUAAGCGUACAUGCAUGGUUUUCUAAUAGCAUUGCCCAUUGGUAUUCAUCAUCCUGGAAGAUAGACUAGGAAUAGUUUUGAGCCUGGUAUCAUUCAUCUUGUUUCAUGGAAAGAAGUUAUCCGUAAAAGCAAAAUUACUCACACGGAUUAAACAGUCUGCGAACUAGUGCCGGCAAGGUUUAUGUACUCGACUUGGUGCCGGUAAAUUACUAAUAAUCGCUUACAAUGUUUUUUUUUUGACCAGGCUACUUUAUGAUUACUGUACACUGACUCGAGUACCAAUUUAUUGCCUGAAUGUGGAAUUCCUUAGUGAAUGUGGCUAGCCUGCAUGUGGAUGCAAUGCAUUGGAACUUGCAGCUUAUUCCUCUUCUCUCUUUUCCAUCUCAUUUUUAAAUGUACUUCAGUAGUUUUUAGUUAACCAUGGUUUGUUACCACCCCUCA